AUGCUCCUAAUAUUUGUCUGUGUUUGCCAAGAUUUGGAAUACGUUGUGCCCGUAGUGGUCGGGACCCCUGGCCAAAUAGUGCGUCUGGAUUUCGACACAGGCAGUUCCGAUCUUUGGGUGUGGAGUACGCACUUGCACGCGUCAACGAGUAAUCUCAAGAGUCAUCGUGUUUACGACCCCCGCAAGAGCUCGACUGCACGAUCAAUGCCUGGAAUGACUUGGAAAAUCUCCUACGGUGAUGGGAGUAACGCAAGUGGCAUUGUCUAUUCGGAUGUACUCACAUUUAAUAAACUGACGGUUCCUAACCAAGCCAUCGAGGCUGCAGAUCGUUUGAGCCCCACCUUUUUGUCUGAGAAUGGUUCCGACGGCUUACUUGGUCUUGCAUUUCCCAUACUCAAUACAAUCAAGCCACAUCCACAGAAGACCCCAGUACAACACCUGAUCGAACAGAAAAUUAUCAGUCAACCGAUUUUCUGUGCCAAAUUGGUGAAAGGUGGUUCAGGGAGCUACUAUACUUUCGGUUACAUUCCACAAAACGUUGUGGACAGGAACCGCCGCAUCACCUAUGUAGAUGUCGACUCAAGCCAUGGGUUCUGGGAGUUUCCCUGUCCACAGUUGAGAGUUGGGCAGCACACAGUGAACCAGCGCCCGGGAAAUACCGCUAUUGCCGACACUGGGACUACGCUUAUUUUGCUUGAGGACUCGGUACUUGACGACAUCUAUGGUCAAAUUCGUGGCGCUCGAACGGACCGAUCGGGCUGGGUUCUUCCUUCAAAUGCCCAUUGUCCAGACGUGUCCUUCUCUAUUGGCGGAAAUUUCUUUUCUAUCUCCGGAGAAGAUUUGAAGUUCGCGGACUCCGGAAAUGGCAUGAGUUUUGGGGCCAUCCAAAGCCGUGGCUCCAAUCGACAGGAUAUACUAGGAGACGUGAGUGUGAUCGUCAAGUACCUCGUAUGGAUCUUACCUAAAGUUCACGUAAACCCCAGGUAUUCCUAA